AUGUCAGACAGGAAUUGUUCUAGACUGCGGUUAGCUGAUAAUCAUAGUAAUUUGUUACUAAGAAGAAAAGCUCUCUGGACCGAUUUUGAUCGAUGGAUUGAUGAAGAACCGUCCGUGCGCCGUCAUCAGUUUGAAAUCAUUCGGUCAGCUCUACUCGUUCAUUGUGAAUAUGCUUCCAUCGUGUUCAAUAAAAUAGGAGAGGACGAAGAACAACCUCCAAUGCAAAAAUUCACAAGUUUCAUGAAUUUGGCCAACCAAACGAGGUUUCUGCAAGCUCCCAGCGCAACAAUCCCGACUGUAAACAUUUUCGGCGUCCUCGUGGAUCUUCUCAUCACAAUUCCGGAGUUUCGUUCAGAAGAUGGCGUAAUUCAUCAUAUUUUGAAGAAAUAUUUGUGUGAAAUGUUAGAUUCGGACUUGGAUUGGGACGCUAUGCAUUGUAAUCCGAAGCUCGUCCGUUCUGUGUAUUGGCAACUACUAUUUACACUUCAUUUGGCACCUGUGCAAUCUGAACAUCAAACGGAAGAGACCAUGGUCUAUGAUGCAAACAGACCGAAGCUAAUGUUCGGAUGUUUCAUCUUAGCUGUUUUGGUUGGUAUUGCAUAUGAGAACGAAAUUGCUGUUUCUUCCGCAAUCACCAACUACUACGAGAUGGACGAUCUUCCCACUUUCCUACUCAUGCUGAUUUCUUCUACACACUUCCGCGCACUUUCUCAAUUUUUUCUUGUCGGCUUGUGGCUCUUGAAAAGGUAUAAAAUGGAUGGAGGAAGAGUGACAACUGAUCAGCUACUGACUCCAGAACAAAUGGAGGAGCAAUUCCGUAACCGAACGAUAGAAGAACGACGAAGCGCUGUGGAUCAAGAGCAAGAGACGGAUGAAAUUCAACGAGAGUGGGAGACGUUCACUGUUGGCCUACUCAAAAAAGGAUUUCUGAAAUCUCCCGACGGAUUCAAAAUUGUCCAAAAAGGCGGAAGGCCGCGGAAAUAUCUAAUCAAUCAAGGAAAGAAGCGGAAAUCAGGAGAGCAGAUGCCACGAGAAGAACCAGCACCGCCACCAGCACAACAGAAGAAGAAAUCAGUCGGUGGUCGUUAUCAGAAGAAAGGCCCCAAAGCUUCGCCGAAAAAGCAACCGAGAGGAAAAUAUGCGAAUAGGCACAUUGAGCUCUUCGAUGAGCCUUCCACCUCCAACAUGCCUUCAACCUCUGCAGCACCACCGAAACCACAACGAAUCGUUCCAAAGCCAGAAGACGUCGGAUUGUGUCAUCCUAUCUUCAUGAUGCAGAUGAAUUUCAAGAAGAUUUUCAAUGAAGAAUGUGAACGAAGAAUGCAAGAAGGGUCGAGUUCGAUGGAUUCUCGGAGAGUUGAAAGUGCCGUAUUCGCCACAUUGGAGGAGAUUCAUGACGUUGCAAAGUGGACGGCAGCAGCACCACGUCGUAACCUGACUUCGGACCAAAAGCUGGUGAUGAAAGAGUUCAAAGACAAUUUCCGUCGUUUGAAUGUGGAGGAAGUUGCGGAGCCAGUUGCAGAAGAAGACCCAGAACCGUGGAUGCAUGCAGAAGCAGAAGCUGAACGAUUUUCGAGCCCAAGAGGAGGAAGAGGCGGCGGGAAAAGAGGAGCGAAGCGGUGGAGACGAAAUCACUACUAG